AUGUCAACAUUCAAACAAGUUCCUUUAACAUGCGGUGGCCACACGAGACCAGUUGUGCAUUUGGAUUUUAGUGACGUUACAAAAGACGGAUAUUUUUUAAUUUCGGCUUGUAAAGAUGGCAAACCCAUGUUACGGCAAGGUGAGACUGGUGACUGGAUUGGAACAUUUGAGGGUCAUAAAGGUGCUGUCUGGGGUGUGGCUUUAACUCAAAAUGCAAACUUAGCUGCUAGUGGAGCAGCAGAUUUUUCAGCAAAACUUUGGGAUGCCCGUUUUGGGGAAGUUUUGCAUACAUUUGAUCAUGAACAUAUAGUGAAGAGCGUAAAUUUCAAUGCAGAUGACACACUCUUGCUUACAGCCAGUAAUGAAAAACUCAUCAGAGUUUUUGAUCUCAACAAACCUGAAGCUGGCGCUAUAGAGAAAAUUAGUGCACAUACAAGCAGUAUCAGACAUUCCGUUUUCCUGCACAAUUCUCGUAUUGUGAGCGUGAGCGACGACCUUACCAUGCGCGUUUGGGAUCGUAACAGUGGCCAGGAAGUACAAAAGGUGGAGUUUCCAACAACACCGAAUAGUCUAGAAUUGUCAAGAGACGGCGCAGUUUUGACUGUUGCUCAUGGUACUAAUGUAUCGUUCUACUCUUCGGACACCAUGCGUAAGAUGCGCGAAUUCCCCGUACCUACAAAGUGCUAUUCCGCAUCUUUGGCACCAAGCCGAGCCACUUUUGUGUGCGGAGGAGAAGAUCUGAAGGUUUACAAGUUUGACUAUAACACGGGGACUGAACUUGAAUCCAACAAAGGUCAUUUUGGCCCAGUGCACUGCGUACGAUGGUCGCCAGACGGUGAAUUGUACGCGACGGGGUCGGAGGACGGGACUGUGAGGCUGAGGUUGCCGCCAACUGACAUCACUCUUCGAGUGACGAGGAACAAUAAACGUGCAACGAAUGGAUCGUUUGAAAUUCGGCGAUAUGUUGAAAACGUAACGGAAACCCCGUGUUUUACAACCAUUAGUGCGCGUUGA